AGUGCAGACGCAGUCAGACGAAAGCAGACGAGUGCAGAUGCAGGCGGGACGCCAGAGUGAGCUCGUCGACGGACGGCGGCCGAGCGAGCGCUCCCUCUCCCGGCCUGCGCCUGUUUUAUCUGCGCGGUGCCUUGUGGGUGUGUGAGCGUCGAAGUAAAAUGGCGGACUUGGCGAACGAAGACAAGCCUGCCAUAGCGCCUCCGGUGUUUGUUUUCCAAAAAGACAAAACUCAGAAGCGAUCUGCGGAGGGCUCAAGUGCAGAGGAUGGAGAGGAUUCAGAUAAAGACGAGACAAACUACUUCCCUCCAGUGAAAAGGGAGAGGACUUCAUCAUUCCCGCCUCUACAUUCUGUUCCCAAGAACAAUGUAUUCAUGCCCCCCAGUUUCUGCCAGUCUCCCACUGGGAACUCUGACUCUGAGCCAGAGGAGAAGCCAGUCGGGUUCCGACUAAAGCCACCGACUCUCAUACACGGGCAAGCACCCAGUUCAGGUGUGCCGAGUCAGAAACCGAAAGAGCAACAACGAAGUGUUCUGCGGCCUGCGGUUCUUCAGGCGCCACCCUCCAAAUCCCACACAGAGUCCAACUCCACUUGUGGAACAAACGGUGUGAAGAAGUCGUCAGACGGCCCUUCAGUCCCACAGUCCCUUUUCCUGAACAACACAGAGCACUCAGCCACCCCGAACACGUCACUGAAACACGAAAACGAAGCCGACGGUCCGAGCGACAUCACAGAUGAAGGAGGAAGUGAGAAGGAGGAAGGAGAUGUAGCAAAAUCUUUUGUAUUUGGUCAGAAUAUCAAAGACAGAGCAAAGUUGGACCAGAACAAUACAGAAGAAAAGUCACUACCAAAGGACCACCUUCCAGGAGACACUCAAGCAGAGGGAACCAAUUAUUUCUUACAGUACAUCUCUACCCCAAGUUCACAUAAUGCCACAAACAGUACAGACAGUGGCGCGAAAUUUGUAUUUGGGCAGAACAUGUCUGAACGAGUUUUGAGUCCUCCCAAGGGCGAGAGCAUCAAUGAAGAUAGUAAAGAGGUUCCAGAGACUUCAGAGCCCCCGUCACAGGAGGCCACCCCAGAGAAGGCAGUGAACAGCGUGUCGGAGUCUUUGGAGGAGUCUGCCGCAGCCUACACCAAAGCCACAGCCAAGAAGUGCAUCUUAGAGAAAGUGGACGUGAAAACCGGGGAAGAAUCAGAAAGCAAUGUUUUACAGAUGCAGUGCAAGUUGUAUGUCUUUGAGAAGACGGCACAGUCUUGGAUAGAGAGAGGGCGGGGUCUACUGAGGCUCAACGACAUGGCGUCAACGGAUGACGGCACGCUACAGUCUCGUCUAGUGAUGAGGACCCAGGGCAGCCUGCGGUUGAUCCUCAACACUAAACUUUGGCCGCAGAUGCAGGUGGACAAGGCGAGUGACAAGAGCGUACGGGUCACUGCCACCGACACAGAGGACCAGGGGGUCAAGGUCUUCCUAAUAUCGGGUAGCUCCAAGGACGUAGGUCAGCUGGCGGCGGCGUUGCAUCACCGGAUCUUGGCCCUCAAGAGCCGGGUGGAGCAAGAGCCCGAAGCCCCCGUGACGACCAUCCCCGAGGCCGAGGUGCCGCAGUCCAACGAGGAGGACAGCGACGAGGAAGGCGGAGCCUCCGCUCCUGCGACAACAAACUCAGAGGGAGGGGAGAACCAGGCCGCAGGAAGCACAUAGCGCCACCCCCGCGGGACGGCCCGCAGGGAUGCCGCUUUGGAGGCAUUCUUUUCUGCCGGCAUCUCAACAGACACCCCCUUUGACCAACGUGGUCCCUCCAGACCAGUAACUUUUGGAUAUUAGAAGUCUAGCUCCAGGAAAUAACCCCCACGCCCCUCCCCCCGCCAGUGCCGGAGUGUCUCCCACCCCACCAACCAAUCUGCGUCAUCAGUGGAGUCCUUUCCUCUCCUGUUGUUUGAUUUUUUUUCUUCCCCUCUACGUUGCCCCACAUCCCCCCCCCCGACCCCUCCCCCCACUCGCAAAAAAUAAAGACUUCAAAGCUUUGGUUUGGGACUUUUCUGCUCAUCAUAUUGAUGAGCGUAAAAGGUGUUUUUCCUCUACAUUUUAAAGUAUGGCACAUGUUAAGACUGCAGUUUCUACUUCGUGACCUUUCUACUUUACUGUACAGCUGCCCCAACCCCCGCCCUGCCCCACUCUCCGGACACCACGCCAUCCAGAGGAGAUCCCGCCUCACCCCGCAAUCCACACAGCGUGUCAGACCAAGCCAACCUGUCCACUCUGCUGCAUCGAGCCCCUCUACCAACUCCCCUCCCAGUCCAGCUCUAAUCCCCCCAAGAUCGAUCAGUGCGUUUGGUUUUGGCAACUGUAAUUUUUUUUUGGGGGGGGUGGGGUGGUGUCCUCAUGAGGCAUCUCUACAUUUGUGCUAUUUGUAACGGCUAGCGAGAGACCACUCAACUUGUCAUUAAUAGCAGUUUCCUUUGAUUUCCUAUCGAUCUAUAUUCUAGUGAAUAAAGGACUGAAACCAUGCAGCUUUCUGUUCAUGUGAAGACUUUGAAGGGCAGAAGGAAUUCUCCAAUUUUGUUGUUUUCUUUUUUUUUUUUUUUUUUUACUUUUUUUGCUUGGACAAAUUCAAUUGUCAAUCAUUCUGCAUGUAAUUGUUUGUAUUUCUUUAAAACAUCCCAGGACUUUAUUGUGUUGAUACAUUUUUAUUUACAUUUGGAAAACAUGUUGGAAUGAAAUUGUGUGUGUGUGUGGCAUCAUGGACGUGAUAACUGUACUACCCUUUUGUUUUGAAACGUCAUGUACAUUUUUGAAUAUCAUUUAGUGGCACACCAUUUUUUUUAUUUUAUUUUUUUUUCCAUCUCAAGUUCCCUCCACCUUCCUCACCCUCCCUUAAAAAAUAAACCUCUGCCAUAAAUGUUGCUUUAUAAAGGUGAUUUAGUUAACAUGUAAUAGUCUUCAUUUUAAUUAAUGACGAGCAGAAAGUGCCAUGUGGUACUGGUGGUUUUGAGUGCUACAUUUUAGAAUUUGCAAGUGUCUUGACUAAAAUGUACCCAUUGCGCAACUCUUGUCAACAAUCGUCACCUAGUAUAAAACGUUUAUCCUGUGGCUUUA